UUGCAUCUAGCGGCUUGCUUUCGGGUGGACAGUCUUAAUUCUGCUCUUGAGCGAGUCGCUUCGUCAUUAGUUUUCUUCUGGUACAUCGUAUUCAGUGACAUCUCCAUAUUUAUUCCUUUUUUUCCGUCUCUGUUUCCUUCGACAGAUUUACCAUUGCACGCAUAAUCCCGACAUCAAAGCUGCACAGAUCUAUUAUUUCCUCCUUAUCAAGAGUUUUUCUUGAACGAAAAGAGAAAGUCACGACAAGUAUUAAGAUAAUGUACUUAGUUUAAUAUUCGACAAGUUAUAGUUAGUUUGUUUACUUUGGUUGCAAGCGAAGUUUCUGCCUUGCCAAUCGAACGAUACCUGUUGGACUACAAGAAAUCGAUCAACGUGCACACACGAUUCUACGCAAUAUUUCAAGGAAUUUCCUGUUGAAAACAUGCCGAGUAGCAAAACCAGAAUCGCUAUAAUUGGUGGUGGAGUAGCUGGACUGGUGGUAGCUCGUCAUACAGCCGCCAAAUUGGACACUUACAGUCUUACGUUAUUCGAGCAAACCGAUCAAGUUGGUGGUACAUGGAUUUACACUGAUGAAACCGAUGUCGACAAGCAUGGACUACCGGUUCAUAGUAGUAUGUAUAAGAAUCUAAGAACAAAUCUUCCUCGGGAAAUAAUGCAAAUACCUGAUUUUCCAAUGACACAUGACGAAGGGCCAUCAUUUGUUCAUCACAGCGUAAUUCGAGAAUAUCUUUCGGAUUAUGUAAAACAUUUUAAUUUAUAUCCGCAUAUAAAGUUAAAUACUCUGGUAAAGCACGUGGAACCAGAAACUUUGAGAAACGGUCAAACAAUCUGGAUGGUCACGUACGAGGAUUUGGAAAGCAAAAUAGAAACAACUAAAACGUUCGACGCCGUGGUCUUGUGUAAUGGUCACUAUACCGUAGGCCAUAUUCCACACAUUCCAGGUAUUGAAAGUUUCCCCGGCGAAUCUAUACAUAGCCAUCAGUACAGGGUACCGGAAGUGUACACUAGGAAAAGAGUUUGCAUCCUCGGUGCCUCUUGGUCUGGUAUUGAUAUCGCCAUAGAAGUCUCGCAAUACGCCGAAAAGGUAUAUUUAAGCCACAACCUACCAGAACCAGUUGAUUCGAGAAUGUCGAAAAACGUAGAACAGAGGCCUGGAAUUCAAUCGAUUCAAGGAAACAUAUUCAUCUUCCACGAUGGUUCCACGGCUGAAGUAGACAACUUCAUAUAUUGCACCGGCUAUAAAUUUACGUAUCCCUUUAUGUCGACUAAAGUUGAGAUGCGUACGGACAACAAUCACGUCGAGCCGAUUUACAAACACCUAAUACACAUGGAUUAUCCGAAUUUAUUCGUAAUGGGACUGCCUGCAAUAGUAAUUCCAUUUCCUAUGUUUCACCUGCAAGCUCAGUAUAUUUUAAGCAUUCUCGAAAAUCGCAUUAAGUUACCUUCUACUGAACAAAUGCGCGAAGAAUAUCAGAUGGAAAAGGAAGCUCUUCUCGACCUUGGAAUUCCGCUAAGACAUAUUACCAAACUAAAGGAACGGCAAUGGGCGUAUUACGACGAAAUAGCUGCGGCUGCGAAUAUUGCAAGUUUCCCACCAGUAAUCCGAAAAAUUUACGAUCACUCGAAUCAAAUGCGUGAAUUGGAUUUCACCACUUACAAGAACUACCAAUAUCGCAUAAUUGACGAUGAAAAUUUUGUAGUGUGUUAUUGUAAACCUUGUUAAGCCUUAAACGCGGAAAUCAAGCAGAGCUGUUCUAAUUAACGAAUGUUUUGCAUAGAAAUCGUUGAAAGUUCGCUAUUACUUGGCGUUCAAUGAUAUUUCUUGUGUUUUUUGUUCUAUUAAGCUCAAGAUCACUUUAGCGUCUUUGUUUGUUUAGCACUGAAAUACCAGUGCACUAUGUCUACAGUCUAGAUAAAACAAGUCGAAGGAUGAUAACGUUUCGCAUACUUCUUUACGAAAUAAAGCGUAUGUCGAGACGAGAAUGAACAGACAUAGUUGCGAAAUCGAACGCAGCAAACAAAGCUUAACAGCGACUAUUUGUUCUGUAAUGCUGUUUGAUAUAUUUCAGUAUCGUUUAUAUAUUUGAGCGAAACUUCCAAGCUUGUACGUAUAUGUGCACACGUCAAUUGCAUUAUACCGUUACUUGUGUCAAUUAAAAAUUGAGGAAUUUUGUGAAAUUUUGUAAAGUAGAAACCUAUGUUAGUAUCUGGACUAACAGGUUAAUUUACUACUAUGACUUAAAUCUCCUUAUUCAUUAUAUAAUUAUGUUAUCUGACUUUAAUCAUUGCAGAGUAAUAUAUUACUACUUUUUUAAAUCUAAAAUUAAGUUUUUGAAGUUUAAUAUUAUAACAAUAUUAGAUUUAAUCAUUAUUGAUUCUUUGGAGAAAUUCAAGGAACUUUGAUUGGUGGUAUCAAGAUUCAUAUUAAUUCUUUGCGUAGCUUCAAACAAGAAAUGAGUA